AUGGCUGAGAUCAAGGAAGAGCAACCUCAAGAGAAGGAGUAUGUGAUCAGCUCGACAGAGUCUCUUCAAGAUGAGAAAGUCAAGGCCGCCCUGGCCGCAAUCCCAGAUCCGGAUGUUGGCAAGACAGACGAAGAGCGCAAAGCUCUUGACAAAGCUCUUAUGAGAAAGGUCGACCUGUGGCUCAUACCAUGGUUGUGCUUGCUAUACCUGCUUUCCUUCCUCGAUCGAACGAAUAUCGGCAAUGCUCGUCUGGCUGGGAUGGAAAAGGACUUGGAUAUGGAAGGACAUGAUUACAAUAAUACUCUGACCAUCUUCUUCAUUUCCUACGCCCUGGCCGAGCCAGUCACGAACGUCUUGCUCAAGCGCCUCACACCGCGCGUCUUCUUCACCGGCAUCAUCUUGAUAUGGGGCGCAAUCAUGACUUUGAUGGGUGUAGUCCACAACUACGAAGGACUCCUCGCAGCCAGAUGGUUCUUGGGAUUGGCGGAAGCCGGAUUGUUUCCCGGAGUCAACUACUACCUCUCCUGCUGGUACAAGCGAAGCGAGCUCGGACUCAGAGCAGCCACCUUCUUCUCCGCUGCCGCUUUAGCAGGUUCUUUCGGCGGACUGCUCGCCGCAGCUAUUGCCUCAAUGGACGGGAUCGGAGGGAAAGAUGGUUGGGCUUGGAUCUUCAUCAUCGAAGGUCUCGCGACUGUAUUUGUUGGAGGUUUCUGUUGGUUCAUGGUCUUCGACUGGCCCGAUACGGCACGCUUCCUAACACCUGACGAACGACUACGUGUUCGCCGCCGACUCGCCGAAGACAAGCAAUCUAGCACCGGAGAAGAGUACGACAAACGCCACAUCAUCGCCGCAUUGAAAGACUGGAAAUGCUGGGGCUACGCUCUGAUCUACAUGGGAAAUCUCUGCCCACUAUACGCCUUCUCCCUCUUCCUCCCAACAAUCCUAGCCGGUAUGGGCUACGCAGGCACACACGCCCAACUCCUCAGCGUCCCACCCUACGCCGUCGCAGCCACAAUGACAAUCUUCAUCGGCUGGGUCGCCGACCGCACCAAACAGCGCGGAAUCUGCAACAUGUUCACCGUCACCAUGGCCAUCAUCGGCUUCAGCAUGCUCAUCGGCACCCAAAACCCUCACAUCCAAUACGCCGGCACCUUCCUCGGCGCCGCAGGCAUCUACCCCACCAUCCCCAACACCCUCACCUGGGCCUCCAACAACCUCGAAGGCGUCUACAAACGCGGCGUCAUCAUCGGAAUCGUCGUCGGAUGGGGAAAUCUCAACGGUGUGGUUUCGAGUAAUAUAUAUUUGAAGCAGCAGAAGCCGAAAUAUUAUACUGGGCAUGGCACGGUGCUGGGGUAUUUGGUUGUGUGUUUGCUGGGCGGGACGGUGUUUAUGUAUACGAUGUUGGCGAGGGAGAAUCGACUCAGGAAGUCCGGGAAGAGGGAUGGCAUGCAUGAUGGUAUGACGCCGGAUCAGAUUUGGGUUGCGGGUGAUAAGAGGCCGGAUUUUAUUUAUACUUUGUAA